GCAAUCUGUCACAUGUUUUGAAAAGUGUACUAAGUGAUUAGAUGUCUGGUUAGAUUAGCUAACAAUCUGUUUUAUGUUUCUAACCAACACCCCGCUGAGAUUUGAUGGCAAUAUAAGAAGCAAUAGAAAUAAUUUUAAUAGUGAACUUAAUUUUUUUAGAUAAAAAUAUAUUGCAAAAAUGAGACUUAUAAUCUUAGAUGACUAUGAAAAUGUUAGCACAUGGGCAGCAAAAUAUAUUCGUAAGCGAAUACGACAAUUCAAACCUGAUGAAUCUCAUUAUUUUGUUCUUGGUUUGCCAACAGGAUCAACACCGCUUGGAACUUACAAAAAAUUGAUCGAAUUUUACAAAGAAGGCAGUGUCUCAUUCAAAUAUGUUAAAACUUUUAACAUGGAUGAAUAUGUAGGUUUACCACGUGACCAUCCUGAAAGUUAUCAUUCUUUCAUGUGGAACAAUUUCUUCAAGCAUAUUGAUAUCCAACCUCAAAAUGUCAAUUUACUUGAUGGAAAUGCAACUGAUUUAAAUGCUGAAUGCAAAAAUUACGAAAAAAAAAUUGAAGAAGCUGGUGGAAUUGAUUUGUUUAUGGGAGGAAUUGGCCCAGAUGGUCAUAUUGCCUUUAAUGAACCAGGCUCUAGUCUUGCUUCUCGCACUCGUCUAAAGACUUUGGCUGUUGAUACUAUUGAGGCAAAUGCUCGCUUCUUUGGAAAUGACUUAUCAAAGGUGCCUCAUGAAGCACUGACUGUUGGUGUUGGAACUGUAAUGGCUGCAAGAGAGGUGAUGAUAUUGAUUACUGGUUCUCAUAAAGCUCUAGCCUUGUCAAAAGCAAUUGAAGAAGGAAUCAGCCACAUGUGGACAGUAUCUGCUUUCCAGAUGCAUCCCAAUACUAUAUUCAUUUGUGAUGAAGAUGCUACUCUUGAAUUGAGGGUAAAAACUGUGAAAUAUUUUAAAGGUUUGAUGCGUGUGCAUAAUAAACUUAUACAGCUAGAUGAGGAAUAAAAAUUAUAUAUUUUAUAAGAAAUUUUGUCCACUUUUUAAACUUUACCUGUAUUAUGCAAUUUGAUUUUUCUGAAAAUGUAGUUGAUUAGAAAUCUGAGUUUAUUAUUCAAUUUUUAUAUGCAACAUUCAUUUUUCUCCUUCUUCCCUUUUCUUUUUUCUAUGCUUGUUGCAUUCUAAAAUACUAAUGCAUUUAAUAAUAUUUGUGUUUUUGUUGUACUAAUCUUUAUAAAUAUAUUUUGAUUUAUUUGUCUGUUUUAAAAAAAUUAGAUGUUUGACUUCAUGUUCAUCAUGCUUAACUUUUUUUUUGAUAAUAGGAGUGUUAUGUGGGUUAACAUCUGUAUGAUCCUAUAUUUUUUAUUUCCUUUGUAAUAUUUUUUAAUGAAAUACAAGAAGAUUUAGCUUUAAAACUAUUAUUUAAAUAACAUGAUCUUUGUCUAAAGUCAUAUUUAUGUUCCUAACUUGAUAUAGUCAGUUUUAUACAAUAUUUUCUGUCCUUUAUGUGCUUAAAAUUGGAAGCUUCAUUGCUUCUUAUGCAGUUGUUCCUAUUUAAUAUUUUGUGUUUAGACUUCUUAUAUUUGUUUAUAUAUAUUUCUUAUAGAAUGUCUAUAUUCCUAUGAAAUAUUAUAUUAUUUUAUUUUACAAAUUGUUAAAUCACUGAAAUGUUUAUUGUUCAAAACUAACUAGUGCCAUGCUUCUAUAAUAAUCUUGUAAAUGCCUAAAAAUAUAUAUACUAUUAUCAUUUUGUCAAACCAUAUGCCAAUUAUGAAGUUUUUAAUAAAAUGAAUUCUAUGUUUGAUAUGACCAUUGCAAGUUUUAUUUUACUCUUAGGAAAACCUGACUUUAUCCAUUAAUCUAAUUCCAAAUGAUUUAUUUUGCUAUACACAUGUACUCGCAUUCUAAUAUAAUUGGAUUUUUCUAAAUCGAUUAUCUCUCAGACUUCUGAAAUUUACUCUUUAUUCAAAUGUAAUUUUCUAAAAAUUAGCAUAUCGCUUGCUUGUGACAUUCAGUAAUAUAACUUUCAAUUCUGUAAGGUAUUUUAAUUUAUGUGCAGUGCAUGAAUAACAUUAUUAAUAUGAAAGAGUAUGGCAUUUAUGAAAUUGUUUGUGUUUUGGCUUUUUGAUUGAAAAGUGAAGAUUUUUUUAGAAAUUAAUAAAUUAAGUUUUAAUCUAACUUUUAAAUUUUAAGAUUACUUGAAGGAAUUCUUUUUCCUGGAAUUUAUAAUGGAAAUCUUGGUAUAGUUUAUUCUCCCAUCAGGUUUUAUUAUGUUAAUGACUAAUAUAGCAUUAAAUGAAAACAUUUUUUUUUUUUUUCUUAUUUUAUCCUAUGUGUAAUUUUUUAACAUGUGUUAUAAAAUAAUGUGUAAAAUUGCAUUUAUAUGAUUACAGUAAUUUUUUACUAAUACUAAAAAAAUCUUUUAUUAGAUGAAAUCUUACACAUAAAAAUUGAAGUGUAUAAAAUAAAAAUUCAAAUAUAGAUUUUCUAUAAAUGUUAAAUAGUAACAUUAUUGAAAUAACCAACAUUUGUCAAAAUAUAAUUCAUAAGACUCAAGAUAAAAAAAAAAAUAGAGUAUGCACAUUGAAAAUCUUUUGUAAUAAUUUAUAUAUACAUAUUAACACAAAUGGUAUAGCAUAAUACAUUUCAGUGUUAGUAAGACAUUAUGAGAUCAAUCGAGAAUAAUGCAACUAUUAUGGCCUCUCUUCUCCGUAAAAGAUCUGGCAAUACAUGACUAGAAAUGAAUGAUGUGCGUCACACUUGGUUUAUGCUCAAUGUUUAUGGUUUCGUACAUUUUAUUCGAUAAAAGUAUUGUUGUAAGAAAUAGCUUAUAAUAAAGUAUUGUUAAUAUUUUUUGCCAAAUUAA